GGGCGAUUUGUUCCGAUUUCACUUGUUUUUAUUUUAUACAACCUAACUUGAUGUUUAUCUAUGGUGCAGCUCUUGAGUCACAACAUCUGAUUGCUGAAAAAUGCCUGGACCGGAUCUUCCCGAAACACCAGCCCCUUUAAAGAGUGUUCAGCCUUAUUUGAAAACUGCUAGUGAACACGACGCGCGAGAUGUUGUUGUCAGCUACUGGUGUCGUUUGUACGCACUGCAGACUGGUCUCAAAUUGUCUACCAAGACCGGUGAGGAGACAAACUUUCUUCUGAAAUUGAUGGACUGGUUGGAAUCCACAAAGAAAGCACAUCAUGAAAAUGAAGCAAUCACGAAUGAAGUAGCUGCACAGGCACACUUGGAAAAUUGGGCCUUGAAACUUUUCUUGUAUGCAGACAAGCAUGACAGAGCAUCCAAUUUUGGUAAAAAUGUUAUACAGAGUUUCUACACCGCUGGCCUUUUGUAUGAUGUUCUUACAACCUUUGGAGAAUUAAGCGAAGAGGCUUCACAAAAUAAGAAGUAUGCAAAGUGGAAGGCAGCCUAUAUUCAUAACUGCUUGAAAAAUGGUCAAACUCCAGUACCAGGUCCUGCUAAAGAAGAUGGUGAUGACAAUUCUAAUGAAAAUGUUGGCAGUGAUUUGCUGGAUUAUGACGAAAAUGCAGAUCAUGAGAAUAAUGAUCCAGGAGUGCAGCCUAGUCAGCCAACAUUACCUGCAAUGCCGAUGCAACCACCAAUGAUGCCUACCCGGCCCACGCAACCAACUCCACCUACCACUAUGGGUGCUUAUGAUUUUCCCUCUGUACCAGUUAAGCAUGAGGAUAACAAAGAUAAUGAGAAUAAUGAGAGGGAUGAAAAUAAUGAGGGCGUGGAAAAUAAUGAGGAACCUGCUGAAAGUGGCGAAAAUAAGGAUGACGAAAAUAACGAAAACCUUGACAACGACGAAAAUAACGAAAACGACGAAUCUAUCGAAAAUAACGAAAAUGUUGAAACGAAUGAAAACGAUGAAAAUAAUGAAAGCAAUGAAAAUGAUGAAAGUCAUGAAAAUAACGAUAAUAACGAAGAAGCUGCUGAAAAUGAGGAAAAUCAAGAUGAUGGAAAAGAUGAAAAAUCUGAGCCGCAUCCAUACAAUCCAGCUCCGACACCGACAAAUCCCGGAAAUAACAGAGUCACUUACGAUGAUAAAUCUAUUGGUAUAAAGUCCGAAACUGGAGUAGAAUUGACUGUUGAACUGUCAGGAAAAGCGCAAAAGUACAUCAAGUGGGCCGGAAGUUCAUUAAAUUAUGACGACGUUCCGACAGCAAUUUUGAACUUGAAAAAGGCUCUCCACCUCUUGACCACUGGAGAAGAUCCUGCCUGAAAAUACUCAGGAUCAAUUGUAAAGCUUCUAUUCACGCGAACAAGUCCUAAUCACAAAAUAUUUGUUUUAACUGCUUAUAGAGCUUUUUUAUUUUAUGGCUUGAAGUCAUGAAUCAUAUAUUUUUAAAAAAGCGUAACAAAUGCUGUAUAAGAUGUUUGUACAUAAUUAAAAUAAAAUGUCUGUAUAUUUACAAUUAAGUAAGCUUAAAAACUAGAAUGAAAUAAAUGAUUUUGCACGGGUCA